UCGAUGGAUGCGUGUGGCUAUGUCUCGACCCGAGUCCCAUCUCCGUUCACAACAGUCUUUCAUUCUCCCCUUUCCUUCAUUCUUUUCCUUUUAAGUCCAAAACCAAAACCCCCUUUUCCUUCUCUUCACUAUCUUCCCCGUUCAGUUCCCAACCCUUCCCUACUUCACUUUCGCCCUCUCCCCCACCGCUUUUUCGCCAUCGGAACAUUAUACCGAGAUGAGCUCCAGGACAGGCAAGGGGCCUGCUGUCAAAAGUUACAGGCGGAAGAAGACAGUCUUGGACAUUGACCUUAACUUACCAGGUGACCCCAACCGUGUACUGGCUGGCGAGAAUCGUGAGCUGGAGGGACCUUCAACUCAGUUGGGGCCUCAAGAAGUUCAAGCUGACCAGCAGCCACAGAUUACUCAACCUGCAAUGAUUGAUGUCGAGGCCAUUGAUGAUGAUGUUGUUGAAUGCACCCCAAGGGCUUUUGCUGAGGCGAAAAACAAUUCGAGAAGAGUUCGUGGGAGAACUAUAGUUGAUGUUGAUCUAGAAGAUCAGACCAGGGUAACCAACAAUAAUCGCCACAAACGCCGAAGAGAAUCACCAAAUCAAAUGAUUAUUAAUUGUGAUAUGUAUAUAAAUUUGGAAGGCAGUAGCAGUUCUACGAAGGAAGAUGUUAAAAAGCAACCUGAACCUCCAAAGCAGCCUGUCUUCAACUGUCCAAUAUGUAUGGGCCCUUUGGUAGAAGAAAUGUCAACAAGAUGUGGUCAUAUUUUUUGCAAAAAUUGCAUCAAGGCUGCUAUAAGUGUUCAGGGUAAAUGUCCAACCUGUAGAAAAAAGGUUACUGUGAAAGAGCUUAUAAGGGUGUUUCUCCCAUCAGCUAGUUGAAGGGUUUUGAUACAAGCUACAUUGAGAAUGGGGAAUGGAAAAACCGACAUUCUACUCUGGACAUUGCUGAGUGACUGUUGUUUCUAAUAUGUUCCCCAUAGCAGAUGCUAAAUCUGUUGUUAAGUUACUGUUUCUCUUAUUUAAUUUAUCAUAUUAUUACAUGAAGACGCAUGGUAGAUAUAAUUCCUUGCUCAGUUUUUUUUUUUUUUUCCCUUGAGCUUUCAUGUGGAAUCUUAGCUUUUUUUGGUGAUAAUACGGGACCAAAGAGGCCGGUCAUGACCCAUUCUUGAGUCUAGGGAUUAAUGUAUGGGUAUAAUCCCUCCUGGAUGGAUAGUAUAUAUUUAGUACUUAUAAUUAUAAUUAAAUUUGGUUUGCCUUUUU